GUGAAGGCGCCUUUUGCAGCUGCUGCAUGUCAACAAGGAGAAGAGUCUUUAUAUACAUCUGUGGUUUCAACCAGAAACAUCUCAUGUGUGAUAAUAGCGAUACGCUUGAUUCGUGGGACAAUACGUCUGUCUUUCAUUACCCCGCUUAACAGCCUUUUACGUGUAUUCACGCUGACAUGGCUCCGUUCAGCUUAAUGACAGCAAGUGUUAGCCUGCUGGCUAAGUCCUUCAAUGUCUUCAGCUGCACAAGCAGUCUUGCAAGGUGUACCGGAGUCCUCCCAGCUGUGUUCAUCAACUCAGUGAAAUGUCUGACCUCUCAGGCUAGCGGCCCUCCAAAAAGGCCUCUCAACGGAUACAUGAGAUAUGUUCUCCAGCAGCAGCCAGUCAUGACCAGACAAAACCCAGAAAUCAAAUCAGUGGAUAUCAUCAGGAAGAUCGCCCAGCAGUGGAGAACCUUGAGCCCAGAAGAGAAACGGCCAUUUGAGGAAGCCUCUCUGCGGGCCAGGGAGCAGUUUAAGGUAGACUUCCAGCGCUACCAGGCCCAGCUGACCCCAGCACAAGUCCAGCAACAAGCCCUGGAGAAGAGGCAGAGGAUGGCCAAGAGGAAGGCCAUCCGCAAGAAGAGGGAGUUAACCAUUCUGGGGAAGCCCAAACGUCCUCGCUCUCCGUUCAACAUCUUCAUGUCGGAGCACUUUGAGGAGGCCAGAGGAACCACCACACAGGCAAAGAUGAAGUCUCUGUUGGAGGACUGGAAGAAUAUGUUCAGCCAUCAGAAACAGGUCUACACACAACUGGCUGAGGAUGACAAAAUUCGCUACAAGAAUGAGAUGAAGUCGUGGGAGGAGCACAUGGUGGAGAUUGGACGAGAAGACCUGAUCAGAGACCAGACCCUGUCUGCCAAGAAAAAACCUGCUGCUAAAACUCCAGCAGCAAGGAAAGGAACAAAGAAGGCUAAAGCGGUGAAGAAGGCUGGUGCGACAACAAAGUCAAAAACAACCAGGAAGACGACAAAAAGUAUCUCCACAAAAACUGUCAGAAGUCCAAAAAAGACGUAAGAUUACCUACUGAGUUUAGAGGGAAAAAAGUGUGUUCAUGACAACUGCAGACCAAAGUUCUGAGGACCCAGGGCUGUGCUCUGCUUAGUUUUUCCCUAUGCCUUGGAAGACGAAGUUUUCAGUUGUCAUGAAUGCUUCUUAGGUUCAACAGGGCAAAAACUAUUACAGUAUUCAGAUCAUCUCACAGCAUCCCAUCAGUGCCUCUGUUCAGUGACAAUAACAACAAAUCAUUGAAAGCAGGCUUUUUACAUGGCAAAAUAUAGGCUUAUUCUCACCCUUUCUAUAAAUACAUCCUGGUCUCAAUUGGUUGGUUGAAUCCCUCACAUAAUGUCAAGUGGGACUGUGGAUUUCAGAAAUGUAGACAUUUAAAUGAGGUGUUAAAGUGACAAUAGGAGGCAUGGAUACUGUUUAUGCUUCAGUUUUGCAAUGUCUAAAAGGUUUCAUAGCCCUGAUUGUUACCACAGUAUGCUUAAGGGAAUGUAAAGGAUACUGUUACUGUUCCAAAGAUAAGAUUGCUGUUCUGUAUUUUUCUUGUUGUCAAGAGUUCCCCUGAGAAGACCCACACCAACAUGUUUAUGUGUCUCUCAAUACCUCAAUAAUUCCCUACACUGUCUCCGUCUCCAAGCCCAUUGUUUCCAACUGAAGAUGUGAAUCUUUAAAAAUGGCACAAAUAUAUAGUUUCUUUUUUUUUUAAAGGCUCAGUAAUUUACAUAUAAUAGCUGGCCUCAUUACUCAAACAUUACUCAAACUAAAUCCACAUAAAUCCAUAUUUGGUAGAGUAUUUCUGGCAGCUGGACUGGACUGUGUGUGAGACUGUCAAAAUAAACUACAGUCUGUGUAUGGUAAUGAAAGAACAUGUCAUCCAGUGCAACAGUGUGACUCACUGAUGUCUUUUGAAUAGUUUUUGGAGCUGUAGCACAUGAAGUACCACAGACAGGGUGGCUAUUGAAAAACGCUUUAAUACAUGUUGGUUUUGGUCUUUUUAUGGGAUUUGUUGACAGUCAGAAAACUAGAAUAACUCCAGCCUUGUCCUUUAGAGUAUGUGUGUUCCAAAGUGCCGUUUGUUGGCCAGUUUCCAGCAACUUUCUACUCUGAGAAAAGUGGAAUUGAUCGCAAAUUUACAGACGGCACUUACUUUGCGGUACCCAUGAACGCAACCUGACUGAAUUCUUUGCAUCAUCGUUUUCGUUAUUACUGUAUCAUAAGCUUGUACAGUUGCAACCUCAAACUGUGAAAUACUGUAAUAUCAACUGACCUUUUGGUUUUUAAAUACUUCAAGUCCAAAUUAUGCAUUGCUCCAGUAAAGCUUAUUCUGUCUUUUGUUCUGUUAACAGCUGUAAAAACCCUGUUAUAACUGAUAAUAAAAUGAGCUUUUUUCCACA